AUGCCCCUCCCGCCUCUUAAUCUGGGCCUGUACAUGGGAAAAGUACAUCACAAUAAUGUUCCAUCUGAAGUCGGUAUACAUGAAAACAUUUCAAAGAAAUCAAUGGUUCGAGAGUAUUAUGAGGAAACCCAGGAACGGAAACGACGGACACAGCACUCAAUUGCGACUAAAAAUUACUGUUUGGCCAAGAAGAAUUACGAAGAUUUUAAGAGACAAACGAAACAAAUAACAAAAAUCAAUAGAAAACAAGUCACGGGACCAAAAUGGUACCAGGAAUUGUCUGACCAACAGAUUUCUGUACUGGACAAUCUUUUUCGUAAUAUGAAAGAAGAUUUCGAUUUGGCCACAUCAAAGAGUACGAGACGUGCACUCAAAGCUUUAGGUGUUCGUACAUUCAUCCCGCAUCAUGUGGCAGUAGAUGCUUUGGUCAAAACUGAACUUUAUAUAAUAGAUUUUCUGCAAAUAAUUAAAGAUUACGUGAUACAAAAGAACAAUGAAAAAAACGGCCAUCAAACAAUUUCAGGUAACAUAAAAAAAGAUUAUUUUCCAGAAGAAAGGAUCUUAAUGAGUAGUAUACUUCACGUAGCAUAUCCGUGUUUUAUCAACAGACUAAAUUAUUUUCUCAAGGACCCCGUACCUGAAAAAAAUCUUGAAUACAUGAAACUUCCGAAAUCAACGAGAUCCACGAAAAAAUAUACAUCUCCCUAUUUAGAACCGUUACCCCAACCUCAUCACCCGUGGAUUAAAGUUAAAGAGGUUAAUUUUCAUAAUAAGAAUGUAAGACAACAAAGGAUGCGUAAUAAAAUGAAAGCAAUACACUUGCAACAACAACAUAACAAGGAGCUUGAAGAGGAAAAAAAGACAACAAUGAGAAUGAAUAUCGCUUACCCCAAUAAUUCAGUGAAAAAAAUGUUUUGCAAACCACCAGUGUUGAAACCGUUGAAGAAUGAAGACGAAAAUAAACUGGAAAUUGAGGGUCCAACAGUAGAUUCCUAUAAUUAUGAGGACAACGUGAUGCAUAACAGUGGUGAAGUGCAGACAGCGAUCGUGGAGGAGGAGGAGUGGCGGCAAGAGCAAGAGGAUGCUUGGCCCAAAACCAGUCGAGAGUUCGUGGAGAGCGAAACAUGGCAUUCCCAACGAUGGUCGACGACUUCUAUGGAGACCACGGUGACGGAAAAUACUAUCACGUACCACCGCACCAGACGCGCUGGCUCACAGACACUGCCACCUACGCAAGACAGCUGGUUGAAAAAGCCAUUAGGCUGGCUUAGCGCUGAUUACAAAGCGUCGAACGUUUCCAUCGAUUCGAUCGCCGAGUCGUCCGACAGCACCAUGGUUGAAAUGAACCCGCACAAGACGGUUGAAGUGAACGAUUUCGACUAUUCAGUCGACCACUUCGAAUGUAACGAGACCACUGGGGACAACGGAAAAAAGCUAGGUGGUAAACCGGAAUAUGACGGUGAGAGCGACGAUGGUGUGGAGCUAUCGGAGACGUUGCGCGACCUCACCAUUACAAAGAUGGACGCGGACGAGGAAACAAUUUAUAAGAUGUUCCAAAAAUACGAUGCCAACAUGGCGGCAGGCAACCAGCAGCAGCCUUCAGUAUUUUCUUCGGGCACCGGUAUUACGGUAGCCAAAAUUGACCGGACCAAACAUGUAGAUACACCGUCGAUGAAAGGCAUGCCGGGGACGCCGCUUCCGUCAGUGGUGCAAGUGGCCAACGAAGGGCAGUCGGUGAGAGACCUGGGCAAGAAGUCGUCCAUAUUUGACUUGCCACCCAAUGAUCGUGGCAGCCGCGGAGUGGCUAUACACGCUGACGACCACGUCAGCAAUACGUCUGCUGAGGCCAAAGACUGCGAUCAUGACGUGGCCGCUGAUGAACGUCCGCCACCGCUUAUCAACGAGGUCAGACACAAUAUUCAUAAUUUUGGCAUGUCAGCUAGCUUUUUAUUUAUUUCUGCUCUCCCCCUUCAGAGUCAGACCUCGUUAAGAAUAUCAAUUUGUACAGUAAAAAUUAAUUCUGUACAUGGUUAUCUAUACUAA